CGAACGGAAGGGGACGUACAGGAAAGGAACAGGGCCGCGCAUACACGUCACGGGAGGAAACAAAAAACACUGGGACAUGUUUGAUUCACACAAUUAUUUAUUCACCCCUGUAUGUUCGUGAAGAUUUCGCAGUUUCAAGCGCAACUACCUCCCUUCAGGCAUCGGUGAGUGCUCUCUGUCGUCAGCCCGCAGGGGAGGGCUGACAGUGUCAUACAGCCACUGAACUUCCCGUCAAGACACGGUACAUGCGAAAAUAUCUGCUUCUGCUGCUGACAAAAAAAGGGGAACGACAUCGGGGGCUGUCAAGAGGAGAGGACACACUCCAGUCGAGGAGUCUUCUGGGCAGAGAAACGGUGCCAUUGUCCUCCAGCUGAGGCUGAACAGAGUCAGGUCUGGUGCUCUGCUAAUUAGCCUGCGUGGGUCCCUGCAGAGACCGAGCAGCUAGCUGCAGCACAGAGCACAGAGCACAGGGUGUGAGUGACUCUUUGAGCCAUAAUCGGGACAUUAAUCUGACAAACUGAUGCUAGGGUUACUGAUGGGAGCCUUUAUUAAAUAGUCAUCCCUCCCUCCCUAUACCCCCCGUCGGACCCUGGCUCGGAUUCGCCUCUCGGGCGCUGUCCUCGUCGGGGGGUGUCGAUUCACCAUAGCCCGGUCCAGCUGACUCCACGGUCCGGUCCCUCUGACCCUUGCCCUGCCUCGCCUUUCUGCCGCUCUGGCCGACCCUACCCGAGCCCAAACAUGGCAGGGAACCUGAAGAAAGGAGGGGGGCUCAUCGGAUUGAUGAAGGAUGCCUUCCAGCCCCACCAUCACCACCUCCACUCCCAUCACCAGCCCGGGGCCGUAGACAAAAAGACGGUGGAGAAAUGCUGGAAACUAAUGGACAAGGUGGUGCGCCUGUGCCAAAACCCCAAAUUGGCUCUGAAGAACAGCCCCCCUUACAUCCUGGACCUGCUGCCAGACACCUACCAGCACCUGCGCACCAUCUUGUCUCGCUACGAGGGCAAAAUGGAGACCUUGGGGGACAACGAGUACUUCCGGGUCUUCAUGGAGAACCUAACCAAGAAGACCAAGCAGACCAUCAGCUUGUUUAAGGAGGGCAAAGAACGCAUGUACGAGGAGAACUCACAGCCCAGGAGGAACCUCACCAAGCUGUCGUUGAUCUUCAGCCACAUGCUGGCGGAGCUGAAGGCCAUCUUCCCCAAUGGUCUGUUCCAGGGUGACAACUUCCGCAUCACCAAGGCCGAUGCCGCAGAGUUCUGGAGGCACGCCUUCGGGGACAAGACCAUUGUGCCUUGGAAGAUAUUUCGUCAGUCUCUCCAUGAGUUUCAUUCUAUCAGCUCAGGACUGGAGGCCAUGGCCCUCAAGUCCACCAUCGACCUCGCCUGCAACGACUACAUCUCUGUCUUUGAGUUUGACAUCUUCACAAGGCUAUUCCAGCCUUGGUCGUCCCUGCUGCGGAACUGGAACAGCUUGGCAGUUACUCACCCCGGCUACAUGGCCUUCCUCACAUACGAUGAGGUCAAAGCGCGGCUGCAGAAGUUUAUCCACAAGCAUGGCAGUUACAUAUUCCGACUGAGCUGCACCCGGCUGGGCCAGUGGGCCAUCGGUUAUGUGACCGCAGAUGGAAACAUACUCCAGACCAUUCCCCACAAUAAACCGCUCUUCCAGGCCCUGAUAGACGGCUUCAGGGAAGGAUUCUAUUUAUUCCCAGAUGGUCGGACCCAAAACCCAGAUCUGACAGGACUGUGUGAGCCUUCACCUCAAGACCACAUCAAAGUCACACAGGAGCAAUAUGAGCUGUACUGUGAGAUGGGCUCUACGUUCCAGCUGUGUAAGAUCUGUGCCGAGAACGACAAGGAUGUGAAGAUCGAGCCCUGCGGUCAUCUCAUGUGCACCUCCUGUCUCACCGCCUGGCAGGAGUCGGAGGGUCAGGGAACAGGAUGUCCCUUUUGUCGCUGUGAGAUUAAAGGUACGGAGCCCAUUGUUGUGGAUCCUUUUGACCCCAAGGACAACAGCGGGGGCUCCUGCAGGGGCAUGUUCGGGGCUGAGGGGGCUCCGUCACCCAGCUAUGACGAGGAUGACGACGACAGACUUGAAGACCCCCACCUCAUGAUGAGCAAACUCGCCUGUUCAAAGGUGGAGCGCCCCCCGUCACCCAUGUCCAUGGCUCCUCAGUCCUCUCUGCCCCCCGUGCCGCCCAGACUAGACCUCAUACCACACAGACCUCCCAACCCGCCGGGGGCCUCCAGCCCCGGGGUCACCAGUAAGGCAGCAUCUCACCACAAAGACAAGCCUCUUCCCCUGCCCCCAGCACUGAGGGAUCUCCCCCCUCCCCCCCCUCCGGACCGCCCCCACGCAGCCGGGGCGGCCCCCGAUGGACGGCUGCAGAGGCGGCCCUUGCCCUGCACUCCUGGGGACCCCCCUAGAGAUAAGCUCCCGCCCACACCCCCAAGCCGGCCCCUGGGGGACUGGAACUCCCGGCCUGUUCCCAAGGCCCCCAGUUCCUCCUCUUCCUCCUCCUCGUCCUCCUCCUCCUCCUCCUCUUCCUCAUCCAGCCAGGUGUCCAGUCUGGGAGUGGACAUUCGAGCGGGCGUCAGGGAACUCUCCAACCGACACUCCCUCCCCUUGGCGCUGCCCUCCGCUCUGGACCCCCGCUCAGAGUCGCAGAAGAACAACAGCUCCCUCAGUCUGGACCACCAGCUGAGUUUUGUGGCUCCAGCCGGUCCAGAUUACGACGGCCCCAAAGUGAAGCCCUCGGCCUCAGCCAACGCCAUCUAUUCCCUGGCAAUCAGACCCUCUCCAGCCCAGAGGCCAGUGGCAGGAGAGGAGGCCCGUGACAGUGAGGAAGAGUCGGAGUACAUGAUCCCCUCUUCUCGCCCCGUCCUGCCCCCCGUUACUGCUCCUCCUGUAGGGGAGCUCCCCCCCGUCCCCAGGCCUUCACAGCCUCCAUCAGCACUCCAGACACAAGCCUCUGCACUCACCUCACGGCUGCCAAUGGCUGGAGUGGAGGAUGGACCUCAAAUGUAUGAAGCUAUGUACGACAUCCAGGCCAGGGCCCAGCAAGCCAGAGAUUCAGACUACUCAGAGCUGCCCCCUCUGGCGCUGUCCAACGGUCCCAGAGAGCAAGCUGCGGAGGACAGGGAGGAGGAGGAGGAGGAAGAGGAGGAGGAGGAGGAGGAGAACGGGUACGACUUCCCUAAACCGCGGCUACCGAUGCCCACGACCCGACGGACCCUUUCAGAAAUCGGAGCGUCGUCUUCCUCCUCUUCAUCUUCCUCAUCAUGCUCAUCCUCCACAGCAGCCUUCAGCCGUCUUUCUCUUGAUUCGGAUGCUGGAGCUGCAGCACCCCUCUCCGAGCCGGUGGAAGCCCCAGAGAGACCUCCCAAGCCCCUGCCCCGACGAAUCAACUCUGAGCACCGGCCCAGCCCUGUCCCGCCCGUCCCUGCCCCCCCCAGCGGUGGGGCAGCAGGGGGAGAAGCCAACCCUCAGAUCAGCAUCGAGAUCGAGCUCCUCGCGAGUCAGGGGUACUCUCAACAGGACAUCCAGAAAGCACUGAUGAUUGCACAGAACAAUAUCGAAAUGGCUAGGAACAUCCUACGCGAGUUCGUCUCUAUUCCCUCCACCGCGAAUAUUCUUACAUAGCACGCUUUGUGCCUCUCUCUCUUUCUCGUGUCUUGCUCUCUCGCCCUAGCUUGGCACAGCCUGGUUGGGUAAAGGUUGCCUGCAGCACUACCUCUGUGCUGACGCCCGACAUCCCUGUGGGUUUUUAACUGGCUGUUACUCCAGAGCGCCCUGCACUCCAUGCGCUUUCAACAGUGUCCGGCCUUCUCUAAACCGCUACUGCAGGCCUCUUCAUUUCCCACGAGACAUCUACGGGGGGGUGACUGAGCGUGUGCGGAACAAUGAUGGGAUGCCGUGUGGCGCGAGACUUUUCGUAGGACGUCAGGAAGACAGAUUCGUAUCUUUCAAGUUGAAGCCUAUUGCUGAAAAUGUAACCAACACCUCACAAAUAAAACUAAAAAUGUAUGUCUAUAUGAAAAUGUAAUAUAUGAGUAAAUAUAUAUUAAAUAUGUGUAAUAUAUACAGUACGUGCAUAUACAGUAUGUAAAAAAAAAAAAAUGACUUCAGCUUUGAGGGUACAAGCGAUGUUGGUAGACGGGGACCAGGUUAUAUUUGACCGUUUUCUCAGACUGAGGAAGACGUUCAUGUGAGGAAGAGUCGGGGCGACCUCCUCACCAUGAGUUCACCCAGCAGCUUUGAAGACAUGCGGCAGAGCACUUCAUCAUGGAUUCAGUCUGUAAUGGCCUUUGAUAAACAACGUUGCUUUGGUACUUUUCUUUUUUUUUUAUAAACAUGCUUGUUUUGUCGUGUUGUAUUUUUCAAAGUAGCAUGACGAUGGUUUGGGGUCUGGACUAUGGUCUGGCAGUAUGUUUUUAUAAUGUGCGAGUUUGUGUAUGUGAGCAUGUGUCUGUGUGUGAGUGCGCCAGACUUCUCCUCUGCUCCUCAAUGAACAACAUGAAUGUGGUGUUACAGUCAGUGUACUGCUCUCACCCUAAACUGGUGUAGCUGUAGAUCCUGGCGCUGAGAUUACUAGAGGACGUGCUAAUGUUGACGACCCUGCAGUACCGACGGGCUCGUAUUGUGUGAUCCCUGGUGGCUGAAACAUUCUGUCUUUGUCUAACUUCAUUGGCUGGCGGGUCAAAGUGCUCUGUCUCCAGCUCAGUCCAGUGAGAAGGAAGAAAAAAAAAAAAAAAGGUCAUCAAGUUACUUUUGGUAAUAUAUUAUUGUUAUAUGAUCAUAAAUAUUGUUAUUAUAAUUCAUUCAGAAGUGCUUCACUGCUGCUACUAUUGUUAGUGCUAAACAAUUAAGCCUUAAAUGUACAUUUGUGAAUAUUGUGUUUAACCGUCAUUCUGUUUCUUUAGAGUGACAGUAUCCCCAUGUUUCUCUGGUCCGUAAUGUAGCAUACUUGAAAGUACAAGCAGCCUGUGAGCCUGCAAGUGGUCAAAUCUUCAGUGUUUUAAACCCUCUUUUUUUUCAAAAUGAUUUAUGAUUCUCUACAAGGAGACUCUGCUACAGAAACCAGACAUUUUGUAACAGACUCAGGCUUCUAUCACAUCAAUUUCUCUUCUCGGUGGGAGUUUCUGAAUCUCUGUUUUUGUUUGUUUUUGAAAGUAGGCUCAUGGGUUUGCUGGCUCACCCCCAAGUCUACAUUAAGUCAGUAUUCGGGCCAUCUGUGAGAGCUAACUCAGGAAUAAUGUUUAUCCCACCUGGCGUUCACUGUCACCCCCCACCCCCCCCCCCCCCCCCCCCCCCCCCCCCGGAGACUCAGAGUCGCAGACAGCCGCUCACCUGCCGACAUGUAGCCACAAGUAUCCGCUCCAUGAAGUCACACAAGUAGCCUAAUACUCUUCUUCUUUUGUUACACUAUAACUUGCACAUUUGUUGUAUUAUUUUCAAUAUUGGCAGGACUAGAAACAGCAGCUUUGUUUCCAGGUACUAUGAAUGAACAAGAUACACCAAUGCAAGGAGCUUUUAGGUACAUGAACCUCUGCCAUCAUGAAGAAGACUGUCAGCCCUUGCUUUUUCUGGGUAAUGCUGUCUGUUGACUGGAAGCCAUCUUUCUCUCUGGCUCUCCUCUAGUUCUUUUGUUUUUGUUCCUAGUUGCCUUGAGAAACUUCUUGAAUGAUGGGUAAUGGACGGGGAGGUCCCCAACCCUCGAGACUGUACCAAUGUUUUGUAGAUGCUUUGAAGAGGUCAUUGUUGUUAUGUAUUAUUUACCUUUUUUUUUCUUUCGCACAUUAUACCAAUUUGUGCUUUGAUACUGUCACUCUAAAGAAAAAGCUUAUUGUAUAAAGUUAGUGAUAUGAAAAGAAAGAAAUUGCUGUUUUUAUUUCAUUUUGCAUUCCUGUAAAUGUAUUUUGUUCCAAAGGUUUUGUUUACUUCUGUGAAUAAUUCUGUGAGCAGUGCCAUAUGUUCAGAGAUCCUCAUCAUGGUGAGAGUCCGUUUUUGAAGAGAAUGUGUUGAUAUUGAUCUUUACCUGUUGAUCUCAGAAGGUUGUGCAGUAUUGCUUGUAUUAUGUCUUUGCCUUGUCAGCCGCAUCAGGCCUCAUCUAUGAGCACACGUAUGAGCAUCUGAGAAAAAUCUCGUUUGUCUUUCCAACCUGAAAGAUAAAGCAGGUCCAGGAUCAGUACUCAGCCUCCGAUGCUCGAUGCGUUCCAGCCCCUGACCCUCGAGCCUGUAUUGGGGUACUUCAUCUCUCUGCCAUCAGAGGGAGCCGUUGUUCCAUGUAGCCUGUCGCUUCUCAUCAGUAAAAGGCAUUCAUUAACUUGUUGAUGAUUUUUAAAGCUCAUAUCAUUUUGGAAGUAUGCACAGUGCUGUUAAUAAAAUUAUAAGCGAAAGCUA